AUGAAAAGAAAGAACGGAGACGCCUCCAGCACUAACAAAAAACAAGCUACACUCGAUGGCUUUGUUACCUCCAAUCAACAAAAUAGCCAAGAUCAGCAAUCAAGCCAACUCAGUCCAUCCAACGGCCAAAACCUAACACCUAAAUACUCUGCUAAGCAGUUGGAUGAUGAAACUGAUUGGAUAGCAUCUUUAUUCAAUUUUAACAAAGAAGGAUUUGAAAAGGUUUCUUCCAACAUUGUGUAUCCUAAAAUUACCGAAACUCCUACCACUCCUAAAACCAUUCUGAGAAAUGUAACUUGCACUGAGGUCAGCCUUGAACUUCUAAUUUCAAACAUGAUUCCAAACCACUUUUGGCAAAUACUAUUGGACAUAUUAAACACUAACUUGACCAGAGAGAGUACAACUGGAAAAGCAUCUUCACACUCAAAGUAUUACAAUGAUAUUGAUAUCUCUCAGCUUUUCUCUUUUUUGGGAACUGUAAUUAGCUUAGAAAACAACCAUUCAAAGUUGAAUGCCAAUGCCAAAACCAAUUUACAACAGCUUCGUGCAGAAAAGUUGGAUAGCAUGAUUCCUGGUUAUAGAAGAUACUUUUCUUUGAUGAAAUGUUUUGCUCCUUCUGACCAACAAUUUGAAUUGAUUUCAACAGCAUUAAACGAUAUCACUUUAAAUGCUGUUACAAUUGGUUCCAAUUUUGUUGUGGACGAAACAGUGUAUGCAUAUCAGAUUUCCUCAAUCGUUAAAGCAGAGGCUGAACUCUUGCAAUGUCCAAUUCCAGUAGUGUACAUUCCAAGAAAACCAUAUCCAAAUGGACUUAUGUCGUAUAAGUUGUGUGUACUAUUUCCUGGAUGUAGGAAACCUUAUGUUUUAGCCAUCCUUCCUCAAUACAAAGUUCCUAUGGAUUCCCCUCAGGAAGCAAUGUUAAAAUUGUUGAAAAUGGUUCGUGAAUGUACUGAUCAAAACUUGCAUAUUACUGGUGAUGCUGCAUUUGGUUCAUUCACUAUCUUUGAUGAGCUAAUCAAAUUGAAUGUUGUUGGCACUUUCUCUAUUUCAGGUACUGAAAAGUCAUGGAUCUGGGAUUUGUUGAAGAGAACACUCACUCAUGGUAAUUGGAAGGCUGCUGAAUUUAUUUCAAAAUCUGUGAUCGCUUCUAUGCAAAGAAAUCCUCAAUACCAAUCAGACAGAGACAAGAAAUAUCACCAUCUUGUUUCGAAUGCAUUUGAUUUUGAAACCUCACCAAUUUCACUGCCAACCAUUUCAGCAAACUCUUGCAAAUAUUCUACCUCCUUUUUGCAGAAAAAUACGGUGGAAAAAUUGAAAGAAAUUGGAAAGAAGGAACAUAUCAAAUUAAGUAAGCUCACUAAGGAUGAAAUCAUCCAGAAGAUUCAAUUUAUUUGCAACUCCACAAAUGUCAAAUCACUUCAACUACAUGCUUUGCAUUCGUUUGAUCAGAAUCAAUUUAACGCUACCUCUGCUAUCCAUCAUGACCAUUAUAGACGUACUUUUAAUCUUGUCGACAUUCAAGAUAAAUAUUAUUACAAUAAUAUGAGAGCUCAAUUUGAGAAUAACAACAUUACAAUCCAAGGUGGAAUGAAAAAUUCUGGAAAGAGACAAUUAUUUACUUUUAUUUCAUCAAGUACUACUCUUAAUCAUAUUGCAACAUUUGACACAAACACUGUCUUGGUUUCUGAACGGUCUAUAAUGGAGAGAAAACAACAAGAUGUCUCCAUUUCCACAUUUAAAAAGGAAUCUAUUAAUUCUAACUUGAUUUCCUUCUCGUUUGUUGAUAUAUCAACAGUUAACAAUCAAUCAAUUUCCUAUACAUUCCAUUUAAAUUCAACAAGAAAGUUAAAUACCUUAAGAGAAUAUUCAUGUAUUGUUGUGAAGAAUUAUACCCAAAUUCUUAGACAGAAUGAUUGUUCUCUAUCUAUUGAUGGCCACUUAUUAACAUGUAAAUGUACUUCCAUUCAAAAUAAUUCUCAAAUUGCCAUUCUUACUACUGAAUAUUCAGAAGAUACAACUCAAUCGUUAACUACUCAAUCAAUUGGGGUUGUUGUGGUUCCUGUUAUCAUUGUGUUGGUCAAGAGAAAACAAAAGAAACCAAAAGAAGUUGUAAACUCUGUUGAACUACCAACAGCAGUUCAUAAUUUGUGGCUAGAAACAAAAUAG